CCCAUAAAUAAAUGCUCUCAAUUCGUUUCAUUACAUCAUUCUCUCAUUUCAAUUUCAAAUCUCACUUUCUUCUCUUUUCUUCUUCUUCCGCCGCAACCAUGUCAUCCACCACCGCAACCGACGCCGUCUCCGCCACAGAUGAUGCGAAACACGGUUUCUCUCGUCCUGAGAUGUACAAAGAAAACCUCGCUGGAACCGUAGCUUCUUACGAUCGUCACGUUUUUCUCUGUUACAAGAAUCGUCAAACUUGGCCUCCGCGUCUUGAAGCUUCUGAUGAUGAUCCUCUUGUUAAACGUGUUGCUUCUCAGUUUAAAUCUCGCAAAAACGAUAUCCUCGUUAAGACGAUGAUUACAGUUUGUGAGGCGCGCGAGGAGGAUGGAUUCUCCGAAGGUGAUGUCUUGAUUUUUCCUGAAAUGAUUAAAUACAGGGGCUUGGAGGAAUCGAAUGUGGAUAGCUUUUUCGAUGAUGUUAUGGUGAGUUGUAAAUCAUGGGGUGGUGGAGUGCAAGACGUGAUAGCAGGUUCAUAUAUUUUUGUGUGUGCUCAUGGAAGUCGUGACGUGAGGUGUGGUGUUUGUGGGCCUGUGCUCAUUGACAAGUUCAAUGAAGAAGUUCAGCUCCGAGGAUUGAAAGAUCAGAUAUCAGUUUUGGCAUGUUCUCAUAUUGGUGGUCAUAAGUAUGCUGGCAAUUUAAUCACAUUUAGUCCUGGACCAGAUGGAAAAAUUAUGGGUCAUUGGUAUGGCUAUGUUACUCCUAAUGAUGUGCCUGCCUUGCUAGACCAACACAUUGCCAAGGGAGAGGUCAUACAAAAACUAUGGAGAGGUCAAAUGGGGCAACCUGUUGCUGAACUUAAGGGAGAAGAUGACCAGAACAAACUCGCUAAUGGAAAUGAUACCAAGAAGAAUAAUGUAGCAGUAGAAAGUAACUCUCUGAACAACAAUGAAAAUGUGGUUGGCUGUUGCCAAGGUGUUAAUGGGGUUUCUUGUUGCCAAACUGCAAGUUUUGAGCAAAACAAAGUGGAAACCGAUAAAAAGCAGGGGAGCAAAGUCUGUGGGAGUUGGCCUAUAUUACAAAAACGCGAUAUUCUUGCAGCUACCGGUAUUGUUGGCGCUUUAGCAGCUGUUGCCAUUGGUUACAGAUUUUAUAGAAGGUCAGGCUGAGAGCUUGAGGGUUCUAUAGUUUUUACAAUUUUAAUCAAGAAAUAAUAAUAGUAAUAAUGGAACCAUUCUAAGAAAGUUAUAUUUUUUUGGUAAAAAUUCUAUGUUAUAUGUACAAGCUUCUAUAUAUUGGAAUUCUGGAGAUAGUAAAAGCAAGCUUGCUAGAGAUGUAAUGAUGAAAUUUUAUAUGUAUUUUUUUCUUUUAAAAAUUUUCAAUACAAAAUUUAGUGUGAUAAUUGAACUUCAAA